UUUGAUAUUUGACAUAACAGGAGAUGUGCCGUAAUAUAAAUAUUACGAAAUUGUUUCUCUUUUAAAACAUUUUUUACAUAAACAGGCACCUAUAAUUUGUGACCUUGUUAAAAAUGUUCAAAUUACUAAGUCGUCAGGGGUGCCGGAGUGCCGUUAAGCAGAUCCUUUUCUGCGAGAAGUUUGAGGUUAGAAAUGCUAAGAUUUUCUACCUCUAUCCAUCAGCUGCUCCUGUAAGAUUCGCUUCCACUGGUGGAAAUGAUGCAGGUAAGCUAGCUUCUUUGGUGGAUAACAUACCAGAAGCACCACCGGUUCCAGACCCCUCUACUUUAGCCCAGAUAAAUGAGACUGCUCAGACUUUGGCAGCUAAUGGUGAACCUACAUUUGCUAGCUUGGGACUCGGCGGCUGGAGUCCCGUCGGUCUCGUUCAGAAUGCACUGGAGUACCUUCACGUAACCCUGGACGUACCCUGGUGGGGAGCAAUUGUUAUUGGUACAUUGGUUGUAAGACUUGCCAUGUUCCCACUUGUCAUCAUAUCCCAGCGUAAUUCAGCAAAACUGAACAACCACCUCCCUGAAGUGCAGAUGUUACAGUUAAAGAUGACACAAGCUAGACAGACAGGCAAUCAGUUAGAAGCUGCCCGCUAUGCUCAAGAAAUGAUGCUUUUCAUGAAAGAGAAUGGAUUAAAUCCUUUGAAAAACAUGAUUGUGCCUUUGGCUCAAGCUCCACUGUUCAUUUCCUUUUUCAUGGGUCUGAGAGGGAUGGCAAACUGUCCAGUGGAAAGUAUGACAUAUGGUGGAAUGUGGUGGUUUAUGGACCUCACUGUGCCUGAUCAAUAUUUCAUCCUUCCAAUCAUUACCAGUGCCACCCUGUGGUUGACAAUAGAAAUGGGAGUAGAUGGGGGCCGUCUGGAUGCUCAAAAUAUGCAAGUGAUGAGGUACGUCCUCCGGGCCAUUCCCGUCAUCAUGGUGCCAUUCACAAUCAACUUCCCCGGUGCCAUCCUCUGUUACUGGUGCUCGAGCAACUUCAUUUCCCUUAUCCAAGUCGGAUUUCUCAAAAUACCUAGUGUUCGGGAGUACUUCAAGAUUCCUAAAUUGAUGACGCACACACCUGAUGCCUUACCCAUAAAGAAGAAGGGUUUUAUUGAAGGAGCAAAGGAUUCCUGGACAAAUGUGAAGAUUUCCAAAGAGCUAGCCGAAAGACAGAGGAUUGAUGAGUUGAUUUUCACAAAAGCAGGGAAGGGUCCCUUGCAGAAGACCUAUAAGUAUGACCCCACAAAAUUGACAAGUGUACAAGCAAAACCAAAAUAGGUUUUAUAACUUUUGUAGAUACCUAGUGUAAUAUUACUAUGUAGUUUAAUAUUGAGUAUAAUAAAAUGUUGAUCAGAUUA